UUCUUCCACAUCUGAUGACACCAGAAACUCCAUAACCAAAAAAGAGAGAGAGAGAGAUAACCAGUAAUGGCAUUGCUUUCUCCACAGAUUCCAAUCUCCGUAAUUCCUUCGUCUUCAAGAAACAAGCUCCGGUUCUUCAAUUUCUCUCGUCGCAGCAAUGGAAUCCGAAAAUGGACCAGAAGAGAUCACUCCUCUGCAGCUACGAAUCCUCCAUUGAUUUCGAUUUCGAGUUCCCGCUUCAAAUGCUUCUCGCGGAACCAAAUUCGGUCCGAAUCGGAGCUCGAAUUCGAGAGGCUUUUCUCCAACCUCAACCGGGCCACCUUCAAGAGAGAACCUGGAAGUUUAUCGAGCGCGGUUUUUCUUGUCGCUGGAACCACGAUAGGAGCUGGGAUCCUUGCAAUUCUUGCUGUGACUCAAGAAUCUGGAUUUCUGGCCUCUGCAAUUACAUGCAUUUUCUGUUGGGUUUACAUGGUUGUAACAGGGCUCCUAAUUGCUGAAGUAAAUGUCAACACUAUGUGCGAACUGGGUUCUGGUGGUGUAUCUCUGGUAUCAAUGGCCAUGAGAACUCUAGGGAAAGCAGGAGUCCAAAUUUCUAGCUGGUCGUACAUUUUUAUACACUACGCUCUCCUUAUUGCCUACGUUGCUCGCUCAUCAGAUAUCUUGACCAAUUAUCUCCACAUUCCAUUAUGGGAAAGCGCGACCUUGUUUACUUUGGUUCUGGGCGGCAUAUGCUACUCUGGAAGCCAGCGGUUUAUUGGUGCCAUUAAUGGAGUCCUAGUAUUCGGAAUCAUCAUUUCUUUUGCAGCUCUUGUGGCAGUUGCAAGUGGAGACCUACAUUGGGAUGCUCUUCUUAAAGCCAACUUUCAAGCAGCUCCUAUGAGUAUACCGAUAAUUAUGCUUUCCUUUGUCUACCAGAAUGUAGUGCCAGUUAUUUGCACAAAUCUCGAAGGAAACCUGUCAAAAAUAAGGACAGCGAUCAUUCUAGGCACAGCUAUACCCCUUCUUCUGUUUCUUGUUUGGACUGCUGUUAUUCUUGGAACCAUCACAAGUCUAGAAAUAGGUUCUGACAAGAUGAUUGACCCAUUACAACAACUGCGAUCUUCUAAUGGAGCUGUUGGUCCGAUAGUUGAAGUGUUCUCUCUUCUUGCUAUUGCGACAUCUUACAUUGGAUUCGUGUUGGGUCUCUCCGACUUUCUAGCUGACUUGCUGAAACUCCCUGUUGGUCGGGGGAGUGCUCUACCAUAUCUUUUGACGUUAGUUCCACCUUUGGCACUGUCAUUGCUAGAUCCAGAAAUAUUUUUUAAAGCAUUAGACUUUGCUGGGACCUAUGGAGUACUGGUGCUGUUUGGAAUUAUUCCAGCUGCAAUGUCCUGGUCAGAUAGAUACUCAGCUUCGACGCUAUCAACGGGAUUACCUCAGUUGGUUCCAGGAGGAAAGUUCACCCUUUCGCUCGUGAUUGGAGGCGCGGGAUAUGUCAUUUUCUCAGAAGUGCUCGAGAAACUUGGACACCCUUAAGUAUCAACAUUGCAAAAAGCUUCUCAAGAUGGAUAAUGUACAAACUAAUUAUUUCUUUAGUAUCUCAAUAUAAAAUGACACCUGAAAUU